AUGCCUUCCUACAUCGAGGAGCUCUUCGGCCUCCACGGCCAGACCGCUCUGGUCACUGGUGCUACCCGCGGUAUCGGCCAGCGCCUCGCCCUCGCCCUCUCCAAGGCGGGUGCCGACCUCAUCCUCGUGCAGCGCAACAACACCAACGUCGAGACCAAGACGCUCAUCGAGAAGGAGGGCGGACCCGACGGCAAGGGCGGCAAGGCCGACAUUGUCGUUGCCGACCUCGCCGAUGCCAAGUCGGUCAGUCAGCUCAUCCCCUCGGUCGUUGCCUCGGGCCGCGUCCUCGACAUUGUCGUCAACUGCGGUGGCAUCCAGCGUCGUCACCCCGUCGAGGUGUUCCCCGACGAUGACUGGAACGAGGUUCUCCAGGUCAACCUGAACGCCGUGUUCGCCAUCUCGCGCGACGCCGGCAAGCACAUGCUCGAGACUCGCGGCGGUGUCGCCGGUGCCCCGGGCAAGGAGUACAAGCGCAACGGCAAGAUUAUCAACAUCUCGUCGCUGGUCGCGUUCCAGGGUGGCCUCAACGUCGUCGCCUACGCCGCUGCCAAGCACGGUGUCCAGGGCAUCGUCAAGGCCUUCUCCAACGGCUGGGCCGCUAAGGGCGUCAACGUCAACGCCAUCGCCCCCGGAUACAUUGCGACCGACAUGAACGAGGCGCUGAUCGCCGACCCCGUCCGCUCGCGCCAGAUCCUCGAGCGUAUCCCCGCCGGACGAUGGGGCGCGCCCGCCGACUUUGAGGGAGCCAUCGUCUUCCUCGCGUCCCAGGCUUCCAACUAUGUUGAUGGAGAGUGUAUCGUCGUUGACGGUGGAUGGAUGGGCCGAUGA